AUGCCUACUAAUGGAACUGGUGUAGAAAGAGUCGGUGUUCAAUUUGGUAGUUUAAGUUUAUCAGAAACUUCUGAGGAACAGGUAGAAAUGGUCGAAAAUGAUCUUUCAUCUCUUGCCCAUCAAGAUGAACUUUCUAAUUCUUCUACAGUUGUUGAAACUCAACAAUCACAAUCUCCACCACCACAACAGCAAUCCCAACAACCGCUUAACCACCAUCAAAUUACUUUACCAGCUCAACAACAACAACAACAAACACAUCAACAACAAUUACAAGCGGUUCAAAUACAAUUACAACAACAAACCUCCAAUCAACAGCAGCAACAAACUACACAAGUACAAACACAAUCUUCUAAUUCAUUAUCUCAGCCAACUUCUAUUAAUCGCCUACCUACAUCCAGCUCAUCUACCUCAUCCACACAACAACAACAACCAUCAUCUAUCAACAGCAGUGCACCAUCAAGUGUGCCAACAAAUGCUUCAUACUUGAAACAACAACAAGAACAAUCUGCCGCUACUGCAUAUUUAAAUCAACAUCAUUUGGGAGGAAUAGAGCCAAUAAGUGCUCCCUAUACUUCUUACAUAAAUCAACCACCAAAUCAAUUGUCACAAUUUGGUAUUGGACCUAUUCAACCUGAUUAUGCUACAUUAUAUCCUGCUGAAGCUCAGCGAGGAGUAAUGGGAUAUUAUGCAGACCCUUCAUAUCCACAAGCCUUGCUCGUUACAUCUUCAGUAGGUGGAUUUCAAGGAAGAGACAAGUAUUCACAAGAAACACCUAGCAAUUCAUCAUCCACACAAUCUGUCAGUGCAUCACCUUAUGGUUACCCCACGACCCCUACUACUCCCAGCACACCUCAUUACUCAAACACCAGAUAUGAUGAAAUGUCUCCUCUGAUACAUCAUCUUCCUGGUGCAGUGCCUAAUGUUCACAAUUAUCAGAAAACUUAUGGAGGAGGCAGUGGUAUGCCACCAAUUAAUUUCUUGGGUAAUGCAGGAGGUGUUAAUAGCAAUCCACAACCUUCCUCUGCAUCAGGUGGAUCAAAUACCACUACAUCAUCAAAGACUGGUAACAAUAAUUCAGACUUGAAUCCUCAAGGCCAAUACAAAUCUUAUCAGGAUAAAACUUCUGCAUCAGGCCAACAACAGUCUUCGGGGGUUGGUCAAUCUGGUGCAAUACAGCAUCAACAACAAUCUAGCACUCCCAAUUAUUAUAGUCAACAACAAGCUCAACAAGUGUUUAAUAGUUAUCAAUAUCUACAAAACCAUCAAUACCACCCUCAUCAAGCACAUCAUCAAGGUGCCAGAAAUCGUAGUCAAUACUGGAAUCAAAAUUAA